UCUUUCCUACGCAUUCUUAUAUAAAAAGACUUACACACUUUCAUCAAAAAAUGGAUUCCUCCAAACAAUCUACAUUCGAUGAAGAGAGCCAAAACCACCAAGAACAAGCCGAAGACGUAUUUGACUACUCGUCAAGAGCACAAUGGCUAAGAGCAGCCGUCUUAGGCGCCAACGACGGUCUUGUUUCGACCGCGUCACUCAUGAUGGGAGUUGGCGCGGUCAAACAAGACGUCAAAGUUAUGAUUUUGACCGGCUUUGCUGGCUUAGUAGCCGGAGCUUGUAGCAUGGCUAUAGGAGAAUUCGUCUCCGUAUUUUCUCAGCUUGACAUAGAACUUGCACAAAGAAAAAGAGAAAAUAAAACAAGACAAAAUAACGAAAAAAAAGAAAAUGAGGAAGAAAAAGAAAAAUUGCCUAACCCUUUACAAGCUGCAUUGGCUUCUGCCCUAACGUUUUCGGUUGGGGCAAUGGUGCCGCUUUUGGCGGCAUCGUUUAUAAAAGAGUUUAAGGUUAGAGUUGGGGUGGUUGUGGCGGCUGUGACGGUGGCGUUGGCGGUGUUUGGGUGGUUAGGAGCCUUGUUAGGAGGAGCACCAGUUUUUAGGGCUUCUAUUAGGGUUUUGGUGGGUGGUUGGCUUGCUAUGGCUAUUACCUUUGGUUUGACUAAGUGGAUGGGGUCCACUGAGUUUUAGGUUUGAUUAAGAAUAUUAAUGAGGUCUUUUAUUAUUAAAUAAUGAUUUGAAUAUCUAGUAAUAUUGUGCUAGUUGACAAUGUAACGAUACUAGCUAAAAGAUAAAAUGUCCACUUAUGUAAGUGUGUUAUAAUUUGUAUAAGUAAUGAUCAAGAUGUAA